AUGAGAACCUCAGGACAGCUGAGGCAUUGCCCUACAAUGUUUUUUGCCUUGGCAUUGUGCCUCUUGGCCACAAGUGCGCUUGCCACUACGCCUUAUACUUAUUCUUCACCACCUCCACCACCAAAGCACUUGGAGACCCCUCCACCACCAAAGUAUGUAAAACAUCCACCACCUCCAUCACCAUCACCCCCUCCACCCUAUUAUAACAAGUCUCCACCACCGCCUUCUCAUUCGCCGCCUCCUCCUUAUGUGCACAAAUCUCCACCACCACCCACUCACUCACCACCUCCACCAUAUGCUUACAAGUCACCACCUCCCCCUUCUAAAUCACCACCUCCUCCUUACGUCCAGAAAUCUCCUCCUUAUGUCCACAAGUCACCACCUCCACCAUCAUAUUCUCCUCCACCUCCUUACCACUACAAGUCACCACCUCCACCAUCAUACUCUCCUCCACCUCCUUACCACUACAAAUCACCACCUCCACCAUCACAUUCCCCUCCACCUCCUUACCACUACAAGUCACCACCACCACCAUCCCCAUCACCUCCCCCUCCAUACCACUACAACUCUCCUCCUCCUCCAGUGAAGUCAUCCCCACCUCCCCAAUAUCACUACAAAUCACCUCCACCUCCAUACUAA